CCAAAAAUUUGGACUAUUUAACUAUCGAGUCAUUUAAAUUGAUUAGAAAUAAAAAAAAUUCAUUCGAUAUGAUUAUCGAUCUGGGCUUCGGUGACGGCAGAGUUACCCGAUUGUUGUCCCAAAACGUACCGCACAAACAACUGGUGGCCAUCGAUGUCGUACCCGAAAUGCUGGAACACGCUGUGGCCAACAAUACGGACGAUCCGACCAUUGAGUAUGUCCUGCAAGACCUGACUGUUUCGUGGCCUGAGUUGAGUCCACGGAUCAGACAAUUGGAGUCCAAAGUAGAUCUACUGUUCAGUAACUUUAUGUUACACUAUAUCACAGAUAAGUAUCAACUGAUGGCAAUAAUUGGACAGUUGUUGACCAGCGGUGGACUUAAUCAAUAA